UUUUUGGAGCAGGUUCAGAAUGUACCGAGCUCUCCGGGAACCUCUUCACAACGAGAGGAAGAAGGCACACCAGCUGUGAGCAGAAAAAAGCCCAGUCGUCUCGGUUUUAGAUCCUGUUUUGUUGACUCACCAACGGAAACUACCGCGUUCCUGAGUGCGAGGGGCUUCUUUCUUUUUAUUUUAUUUUUAUUUGAUUUUUACUCGGUUAGCUUCUUCUUUUUUUUUUAAAUCAACGCAGCUUUUGUUUGUCUUUCGCAGUCACACAGUUGUGGGUUGCCGAUAUAUUUAAUACUAGUCGUUGUGGGAAUAUGGCUCAGCAUCCUCAAAAUGUAGCAGCCAGUUCACAGAAAGCGCUAAUGCUGGAGAUGAAAAGCCUACAGGACGAGCCAGUCGAAGGCUUCAAGAUAACUUUGGUGGACGAGUCGGACUUGUACAACUGGGAAGUAGCGAUUUUCGGACCCCCGAACACUCACUAUGAGGGUGGUUAUUUUAAGGCUCGGAUCAAGUUUCCUGUUGACUACCCCUACUCACCACCUGCUUUCCGCUUCCUCACCAAAAUGUGGCAUCCCAACAUCUAUGAGAACGGAGAUGUGUGCAUCUCUAUCCUGCAUCCACCAGUGGACGAUCCACAGAGCGGAGAGCUGCCUUCAGAGAGGUGGAACCCCACACAGAACGUCAGGACCAUCCUGCUCAGCGUCAUCUCUCUGCUGAACGAACCAAACACAUUCUCUCCAGCCAACGUGGACGCAUCCGUCAUGUACCGCAAGUGGAGGGACAGCAAGGGCAAAGACCGGGAAUACAUCGAGAUCAUAAGGAAGCAGGUGCUGGCGACCAAAGCCGACGCCGAUCGGGACGGCGUCAAGGUUCCCGUCACGUUGGACGAAUACUGUGUCCGCACCCAGGUCCCCCCCACAGACGACGGCUCCAACCUUUUAUACGACGACUACUACGAUGACGAGGAGCUGGACGAGGACGACGAGGACGACAUCGAAGCCUGCUGCUAUGACGAGGACGACUCCGGCACGGAAGACUCCUGACCGCCUCACCCCCCCUCCCUGACCACUUCUUGUUCUCGCCCACUCACCCUCCUCCCCGCUUCUGACACAGACCGGACUCUUCCAGCUUCUGUUACGUACAAUCACAGUCUGCACACUAAAGCCUGAUUCUGUGGAUAAAAGAAAACAAACCUGCAGAGUUGUUUUUGAUUUAUUUUUUUUUGUGUUUAAUUUUUUUUGUUUUAUUUUUGAGUAGAAGUUACAAGAUGGAACACAAACAUCAGGAGAAACCCCUCCUCCUCCACCUCUCUGCACAGACAGCUGUUUGAAUUCUUUGAAAAGAGAUUUAGUUUUGGAGUUUCUUUCCGGCGUGCGGUCGGCCACUUCAUCAGCAGACGGGAAUGUAACCAGAUCAGAAGAAGCUAAUUAAGGGAGGGAGAGGCGGCAAGAAAAAAAAUUGCCCGUUUGUCUCCGAGUCAUUUCCACUCGAGCCCAUGUGUGUCACCUCCAAUUAUCAGGCUGUUUUAGGCUCUGCCACGCUUCACCUCUGACCUUUUAAAGCCACAGGGCUCGUGCUGCUCCAAAUAUGGGAGUCGUGUCUCAAAAAAAAAAAAACCUCACUCCUUUGUGCCUUUUUUGUUUUGUUUUCUAACUAUAACAUCCCAGAUCUGAGCAGUCCAGCGAAACACAGAGAAGUAGCAGAGGAGUGAUAUUCAGUUUCAGUGUGAUGCACGAGCUUAUUUAUAGAAGCACCUGUUGGAUUUGUCUCAGCUGCGAGUGUGGAAAGCUGAGAUUUACCAGCUGAUCUAAACAAUGAACGUGUUACUGUCACACAGCCUUUAUCGUAACCUGCUGCUGCUGAAUGUGUUUAAAAAGAAAAACUACUACCUGAGCCUGCUGCUGAAAUCCUGAGUACUGUGUAAAAAAACAAAAACAAAUCCUAUGCAGUCAGUUUUAACAAGUAGGGCUUUAAAUGUCUGACCUAACUGCAGUUCAGGCUGUGAAGGUAGAAAAGGACAGCCAGGCUGUGUUACUUCAGCCCCAUUGGUUUCAAUUAUGGUUAUUUUUAUGGACGUUUUUGUUUACUGUAACCUUGUUUCCAAAUAUUAAAAAUUGGCGCGUCGCUCAAAGGAUAAACUCUGUGGGGAAUCACGACAGUAAGAAGGGUUUUUGGUGUUUGAGCAUGUUCUUAUCGCAUGCUUUUAUGUGUUUGUGCUUUUUUUUUAGAUUUGCUACAAGAGUUGGGAUUGUUUUAAAAAAUAAAGAGGGUUCCUCAAUUAAUUUUUUUUUAGCUGAAACUGACUUGUUUUUGACAUUUUUUUUUCGUAAAGAUGGAACAAGCUGGACGGUUUUUAAAUUUGUUACAAUUACAAAAUUAUUUGACAACGUAACUCCAGCGCAGAUUACCGAAUAAAUACCAGGUGCCCACUUUAUGACUUAUAAAUGAGCUUUUUUUUUUUUUUUUUUAGGAAAAAAAACAUAAUUUAGUUUCUCUUUCUUUUCUCAUCGUCUUUCCUCCCCACUUGUUCCCCAAAUUUUCUGAACUCUGAACCCAGCAGCAGAAAAGCCUCAGGAAGAAAAACAACUUAAAAAAACACACAACUAACCAACCAGUUUUUCUCCAGCUGAGUAAACCGGACCCUUUCGGACCCUGGGAGUGGGGGGGGGGUGGGCACUCACUUGUCGGCUUCAUAGGACUGUUUACAAUUUCUACCUUGAUAUGCACAUGUGGAUAUUUUGACGAUCACUUGAUGUUUUUUUUUUCUCCUUUGUUUAUAUUCUUUUUAUUUUCUUAUGGUUUGUAAAUCUAUUUAAAAUCAAAUAAAGUUCUUUAUUAGAUGUCGGCUA